AUGCCUGCCGAGCUCUACACCAACGCCCUCGGGCAGCAGGUCGCCAACAUCCAGCUCCUCCUUAUCAACCCCAACAGCACGACCGCCUUCACCGACGAGAUAGCAGACUAUCUCACACCUCGCCUGCCUGCCGAUGUUGGCGUCACCUUCUACACGCCUCCGGGAGACGCACCGAAGAGCAUAGAUGGCCCGACUGACGGUGUACUUUCAACUGCUGUCGUCUUGCGGGAUCUCCUGCAGAAGGGGACAGAUGGCGAGAGCGCGGGCGUGGACAAGGUCGAGAGAGGCUAUUCUGGAGUGAUCGUCUCUUGCUUCUCUGCACACCCGCUUGUCCCGGUUCUCAAGGAGAUAUUUGAUGGAAGGCCUCAAGCCCCGCCUGUAGUGGGCAUUCUGGAGUCGAGUGUUCUCGCAGCUCUCCAGCUCGGUCCUACUUUCGGCAUAGCUACCACCGGCCCUCAGUGGGAACCUGCGUUCGACGAAGCUGUGCGAUCACUAGGUAUCUCCUCCGGCCGCUACACCGGUACAAAAGGGACAGGCUUCAGCGCUAUCAGCCUCCACGGUGCUGGGCCAGCCGAUGCACUGUUGCAAGCGUCGGUAAACUUGGUAGCGAAGGGUGCGCGAGUGAUUAUUCUUGGGUGUGCAGGGAUGGCGCCUAUGAGAGCGUCUUUGGAGGCCGACCUGGCAACGAGGAGCGGUAGACACGUGCCGGUCAUUGAUGGUGUCCAGGCAGCUGUAGAUGCGGCCAUCGGAUAUGCCAGGAUGGGCAUCGGACGGACUUUCAAGCCUGCUUCGGAAUAG